GAGGACAGAGAAGGGGGUGGGGGAGAGGACAUCAUCAGCUUAUAUCUGAUCCAUUAUUUGUAAAAGGAGAAGUGUCUGAUUUCUCUAUCUUUCUCUCUUGUUUUUCCUAGGUUGGGCUUCUCUCUCAUCCAUACCCAUGUUUUCUUCUUAAAAGCAAAACAGCAGAAAUCUCAUCAGAGAUUAGAACCAGCAAUCUUAAAUUUCAUCUCUCUCUCUCUCUCUCUCACUCCACUUGCUACAACUUGCUCCCAUAAAGCAUCAAGGGACAAAGAGAAGAUCUGUUGAGGGUCCGGACCGGCUUGAAAGUACGUUUCUUUUAGUCAUCUGUCAAUCAUCGGAUGAUGUUCGUGUCUCGUCUCCCGUGAUAUGGUCAGAGAACUCUGUGAGAGCAGCGAAUCGAGAGACGACUACAUGGCCUCCUCGACGGCGGCGGAAGUUGCCAACAAUUUCUGCUACCCGGAUCACCACUCGGCGGCGGCGGCCCAUUUCGUGGGCCACAUCCCCGCAGGCUACGACCCGAUCUUCAGCAACAUGACCCAGAACGUCGACAUGAUUGGGUUCGGAAUGAAGAACGGACUGGUGGGUGUCAACCACGACUCGGGCAACUGGCAGGAGAACAAGCUGUUCGUGGAUGAUUCCUCUAUCCGGUGUGUGUUCCCCUGCGAGGGUAACGAGAGGCCGAGCCAGGGCCUAUCGCUCUCCCUCUCCUCAGCAGAUCCCUCGAGCAUCGGCCUUCAGCAGUUCGAGCUGAGGCCCGCAAACAACAACCAGCAGGAUCACCAUCAUGAGAUGAGGGAUCACCAUCAUCAGCAGCACGCGUCGACCUUCGGGAAGUCUCCCGCGUUGCAAGGUCAAGUAGGGCAGCUUCAGCUGAGGAGCUCCAAGUACUUGGGCCCAGUUCAGGAGCUGCUGAAUGAGUUUUGUAGCCUUGAGACUAAUAUCACUAAGCAGCAAGGCAAUACUGAUCAGACACCGACUAAGCCGAAGACCCAAAGGGCUAACAAGCAGUGGGAGGAUAUUAACAAUGGAGGCAAUCUCAGCUCGUCGUCUAACCCGAAGAAUCAGUCCCUGAGCUCACUUGAGUUUUUGGAGUUGCAGAAGAGAAAGACAAAGCUGCUCUCACUUCUUGAAGAGGUUGAUAGAAGAUACAGGCAUUACUGCGACCAGAUGAAGGCGGUAGUGUCUUCCUUCGAGGCCGUGGCGGGCCAUGGAGCGGCCAAGGUGUAUUCAGCCUUGGCCUCAAGGGCCAUGUCGAGGCACUUCCGGUGUCUGAGGGAUGGAAUUGUUGGCCAGAUCAAGGAGACCAAGAAGGCCAUGGGAGAGAAGGAUCUAGUGACACCCGGAACAAGUCGGGGCGAGACCCCAAGGCUAAAAGUUAUUGAUCAGGCGCUGAGGCAGCAACGAGCCUUGCAGCAGAUGAGCAUGAUGGAGAGCCACCCAUGGAGGCCACAGCGUGGCUUGCCGGAGAGAUCCGUGUCAGUCCUUCGAGCCUGGCUCUUUGAACAUUUCCUCCACCCGUACCCGAGCGAUGUUGAUAAGCACAUAUUAGCCCGCCAAACCGGUCUAUCAAGAAGUCAGGUUUCCAACUGGUUUAUUAAUGCACGGGUGAGGCUGUGGAAACCCAUGGUGGAAGAGAUGUACUUGGAAGAAACAAAGGAGCAAGACAAUAUGGGCUCGUCGGACGGGGCCACUGACCUCGAGGACGGCACUGCCAGGCAGAGUAAUCAGAACCCCCAUGGAGCGCCCGGCGCACUGCAGCCGCGACUGGAGGAUCAGAAGCCGACUGUUGGUCAGCUUGUCCGAAUCGACUCAGAGUGCCUCUCCUCCAUAAUCACGAGCCCUGACAAGAGUGACCACCAUCACCCAUCCAGGAGUGCUCGGAGUAAUAAUCUUCAGGAUCAGCAUGGUCAUAGUAUCCUCCAGCACGGGUUUGGAAGGGUCGGGGAUGGUUUCGGUGCCAUGGAGCUCGACUUCUCCUCCUACGAUCACCACUCAACAGGGGGCGGGGUGUCACUGACUCUAGGGUUGCAGCAGCAUGGAGGGAGCGGCGGAGUCAGCCUCGCCUUCUCGCCUACAUCACAGAGCUCGCUGUUCUACCCGAGAGACCACAUGGAGGACUGCCAGCCCGUCCAGUACUCGCUCUUGGACAGCGAGGGACAGAACUUGCCCUACCGGAACUUGAUGGGAGCACAGUUGCUUCAUGAUUUGGCCGGUUAACCAUAGAACCACGAUAUCAUUAAAAGAACUUGGUGCCUCAUGAAAUGAAGAAAUUAUGGCAAUAUAUAUAUACAUAUAGUGGGGCAAUAUAUAUAUAUUAUAUGAUGAUGAUGAUUUUCAUAAACUCUAGGGUUUUUAGGAUGAAAAAUACUCCCAACACCAGCAUUAUUAAAAGUUACGUACAAUACCAUGUUUUAUCUCCUCAGGGUCUGCUAUAUAUAUAUAUAUAUAUAUAUAUAUAAGUAGGGUAGUUUUGCUUAUAUAUGUUUUCUUUUCCUUUGACAUUGGAAAAGAACAUUUCCUGCCCUUGAACUGUUAGAUAGAUCAUUAGGGUUGCUUUUAAUGUUAGCUGUGAUUAAUGCAAGGAGUAUACGGGUAAUUAAUCAUUCCCUAUUUUAUGGGCAAUUAUAUUCUUAGCUAUAAAUAUCUAUAUUUACUUU